AUGUCGACUAAGGUGAAGGGUCUUCUUAAAGGACUUAGAUACAUUUCUCAAAUAUUUGAAGAGAAAGAAGAUGAAAUUCAAAUUGGGUUCCCAACAGAUGUAAAGCAUGUGGCACAUAUUGGAUCAGAUGAUCCAUCAGCAAAUGCACCUAGCUGGAUGAAUGAGUAUAAAGGAACAAAUCCACCAGGAGCAAUAAACGAUACUGAAACGCCUGAAGAAGACAAUAACAAAUCCUUGAAUUCAAAGGAAAAACCAUCAAAGAUUCGACAUCUAAUUCCAAAAUCAAGACACCAGUCAAUUGACACUGAAGCCAACUCAACAACCAAAAAACAAGCACGUCGGCAUCUCCGAUCAUCGGAUCCAUCUGCAGAAACAUCAGUAACUGAUUCAUCAGGUGGUUCUCGACAUAGACGACAUCGUCGCGGCUCAAACCACGACACUGAUUCACAGUCAACAGAUGUUCCGCCGACAGGCACCAAAGCCCAUCGGAGAAAAUCCAAGACUUCAGAAGAUGGUUCUGUGCGAAAGCCAUCUUCAAGAAGAUCAUCUAAAGGGGAUUCAUUAACCGAUAUCUCUCUUUCAGAUUUUGGAUCAGGGUCUGUACCAGAAAUUGGAAACGAACCUAAAUAG